GUUGGUACAAAUGUUUGAGAAUUAGACAAACAUGAUAAGUAACCCCACAAGGUAUUAGUAGUAAACUGAACUACACACAUCACAUGGGAUCCCCUUACAAAUAAAGCCUAUUUUGUAGCUUCAUUUCUCACAAACACCUUUAAUUUCAUCUGUGUUGGGGGAUUUAAUUUACCUUUAUCAACUCUAUACAAGCACUUGUGCCCUACCAUCGCCAUCCUCUUGGAAUCCUCUCAACAUUGUUAUGGCAACUUCCGUACAUGUAAAACAAGCCCUCGUUAUUACUCCCUCCGAGCCCACGCCGGCCCGCGUCCUCGCUCUUUCAGCUCUUGACUCCCAACUAUUCCUUCGUUUCACCGUAGAGUACCUCUUCGUCUACCGGGCCUGGCACGGGCUUGAUCAGGCUGCCACCACAGCCCGUCUAAAAUCGGCAUUAGCUGAAGCGCUUGUUCCCUACUAUCCGUUUGCAGGCAGGAUCAGGCCCCGCCCAGAUGCCCCGGGCCUUGAGGUUGUCUGCCGGGCCCAGGGUGCAGUGUUCAUCGAGGCCUUUUCUGACCGUUACAGUUCCAACGACUUAGAGAAACCGCCGAAAACUGUUGCUCAGUGGAGAAAACUGUUGUCCCUCCACGUGGCAGACGUUCUAAGAGGAUCCCCGCCGCUGGUCGUUCAGCUCACGUGGCUCCGCGACGGUGCAGCAGCGAUCGCCGUUGGAAUCAGUCACUGUAUCUCCGAUGGAAUCGGAAGUGCAGAGUUUCUCAACUACUUCGCGGAGUUAGCUUCUGGAAAACGCGUCGCCGGUUCAAGACCGAAACCUGUUUGGGACCGUCACCUCCUGAAUCCGCCACCACCGGCGGGAAAGAAAUGCGUCCGGGUCAACCCGGCGAGUCACCCAGAAUUCAACCGAGUUCCUGACCUCUGUGACUUCAUGAACCUGGUCUCUACCGGACUCAAGCCUACCUCCAUCACCUUCGAUAAAAUGAGGCUCGGCGAGUUGAAGAGGCUCGCCCAGUGCACGAGUCAACCCGGCGAUGAGUCAUCGUCGUUCUACACGUCUUUCGAGGUCCUCGCAGCUCACGUGUGGAAGAGCUGGGCCAGAGCACUGGAAUUUCCGCCAAAUCAGGUGUUGAAGCUGCUUUUUAGCAUCAACGUGCGGAACCGGGUCAAACCGGGUUUACCAGAAGGUUACUACGGUAACGCAUUCGUAUUGGGAUGCGCAGUGACGAGAGCUAGGGAUCUGCCGGACUCGGUGGGAGUGCUUAUAGUGUCGCAGUGGUCGAGGUUGGGAAUGGAGAGGGUGGAUUUCGGGAUGGGGAAGCCGGAGCACGUGGGAUCGGUGUGCUGCGACAGAUACUGUUUGUUUUUGCCGGCGAGUGAUGAAGAUGAGAGUAGGGAGGGCGUGAAGGUGAUGGUGGCGGUGCCUACUUUCGCCGUUGACAGUUACCAGUUCUUGAUGCGAGAUUCCAAUCUUUAAAGUAAGACAUGAAAGUCGGUUACAUCUAGGCACAUAGUAUGUUUUUUCCUACGUUGACUUGUGUAACUGGUUUUUGUCAUUUUUCUUAGUACUUUUUCUAGCUAGCUAAGUCAUGUAUCAUGUAUCUUCUCUCGGUAAUUUCAUUUUUAUUUAAAUGAAAUAAUAAUAAUUAGAGUAGUA